CUGAUGUGUUGUUUGAUUUGCUUUGUGAUAUGGGGAAGUUGGUGGAGGCCGAGAAAUGUUUCUUGGAAAUGAUAGAGAUGGGACAGAAGCCAAGUUUUGUUUCUUUUAAGAGGAUCAAGGUGCUGAUGGAGUUAGCGAAAGAUCAGGAUGGGAUUCGAAACUUGUCUGAGAAGAUGGCUGUGUUUGAGCCUUCAGUUCAAGUUCCUCAAACAGCAGUGAAAAUGGUGCCAGAACAAGCAAAGAAUUAUUCAAAGGACAACAUACAUGGAGAGGAGUUGAGAGAAAUGGAGAUGGAUUCCAACGUCCAUUUAUUUCACGUUAAUAUGAGAAAAUUGUGAAUUUUCAUCUAGGAUUGUGGCUGAGAUUCUAUUUUUUAACUAUUCAAGAACGGCGGCGUUGACUAGCUAGCUAAAAGUCUUCAUUUGCUCCUCCGACAUUUCAACUAUUCCUUUCGAUAAGCACUUGACUCCUUCUCCCUCCUUUUCUUACUCGCAAAGACCGACUUACUAAGAACAUCAUCUCCGUUCUUCUCCUUUCCUUUCCGGUGCUCCCAAUCAACAAUUUGAUCAGCACCAUGUACUCCUCCAACCCCAAUUCCUACGACAAGUUCUCCUCCGCCCCCGCCGCGGCGGACCGAAAAACAACUCCGCCGACGAUCUUCUCCAAGGAUUCUUCAACCACCACCACCACAACCUUUACGGACAGUACCGGCGGCACUGGCAGCCACUUCUACAGCACCAGCUCCGAUGUCGAGCCCAAGGAAUUGGUCGACUGGUCCUCCGGACUCUGCGACUGCUUCUCCGAUUGCCGCAACUGCUUUAUAACGUUCUGGUGCCCCUGCGUCACCUUCGGCCAAGUCGCCGAGAUUGUGGAUAUGGGAUCCUCUGCUUGUGGUGUGAAUGGCGCACUCUACACUCUGAUAGCAUGUGUGACUGGGUUUCCCUGUUGCUUCUCUUGUUUCUACCGCUCGAAAAUGCGGCAGCAGUACGGUCUCAAGGGCACACACUGCGGCGAUUGUUUGGUUCACUGCUUCUGCGAGUAUUGCUCCUUGUGUCAGGAGUAUCGCGAGCUGAAGAACCACGGAUUCGAUCUGUCCAUUGGAUGGCAUGGAAACGUGGAGAGGAAGAACCAGAACGUGGAGAUGGGUCGUCUGCCUCCAGUAGUCGAACGGGGCAUGACCCGAUAGUCCUGAGAUGGUAUGUGCUUCUCUGCAGUAGUAUGUGCAAGUGUAUGUAUUAUCACAAUAACGUGUGAUGAUGUAUGUAAUUCUGGUAUCCUUGUUCCUGUAUCAUGAUGUUUCUUCUUGUUGUGUAUGUUGUACUGCUACAUUGCGAUCGGAGAUAUGGACUCCUAUAUUGGUGCUGUAAGCACUUCAUUCUUGCUCCAGCUCCACUUGAAACUGUUUCUUAGUGCUUAUCAUCCCUCGACGAGCUGCUGGUUUCGUUUGGAGUUCAGGAAUUAGGGUUAUUUUGGUGGUAAGUGUCUGAGUAAUCCUGCUGAGUGAAGCUAUCAUAUUCAUAGUUCAUAGGCUACAAGCCGAAGCUCGAAAACUGCCAAUUGGAGUGUCCUAGUAGGUAUGAUGAUAUCAUUGAUACGAGGUUGUGUAACCCUAUUUAUGUUACCUUACAG